AUGGUUGCCCUCAAGUCCAUCGUCUUUUUUCUCGCCUUUGGCACAGAGGCCCUCGGUGCUACAACCGAUGUUAUCUGUCAAAGCAAAUAUGGCACAAAGAGUGUCGCUUCAAAUAAAGUCCCGCGGGCUACUACUACAGUGAUGAACCAGAUCACAGUUAUUAAAAGGGUCAUUCGGAAAGUCAAUGUCGUUGUUGUCCCCAAGGCAAAGACUACCACUGAGACGGAGACUGUGAUCAGGGUGACUACGACAAGUGUUGAUUCGGAUGUCGAAACUGCUACUGAGACGGAGACUGGUGAGUUUACGGAAAUAGAAGCGAGUGAUUUGAGUAGCGCUGAGUGUCUAGAUAUACAAACCACGAAUCGGAUUAUGCUACUCGCACGAACCUCAACAUCGGUAUCUUCAACAACCACGACAAAGUACUCCACCAGCACAAUCGCCGCACCAUCAGGCUUCGUACCCAUCAAAGAAGUCAAAGGCUACAUCGCCAGAGUCAAAGCCAGAGGUCCCGUACCUAGAGCUACCACCGCGUAUCUCCAGCGCAUCGACUGCACCAAGAAGAUUCCCUCUACGACGACCAAGACUGUAACUACCACGGUCAAGGGAGCUAGAAUUACUCUCAAGCCUAAGACUGUUACGAAGAUGGCUACGAGUUUUAUGACCAUCACGGUGACGGAACAUGGACCUCAGGUCACGGAGACUGAGACUGUUACUGCGUUGAGGGUUAACCUUGCUCAGAGGACCCAGACACAGACAAUCCCAGAGACUGUUACCGUUGAAUCCAUCGUUCCUGCUGACCCGUUUUACGCCGCCUGCUCUUCCAACAAUCUCGCCAGCACGGCCAACGGCGGCAAGAGAAUCGCCGACUUUGACGCUUGGGUGGCCAACAGACCCAUUUACAUCUCUGGUCUUACCAGCGCUUAUGCAUGCUGUGUUGAAUGCCAGAAGAAACAGAACUGCUUGAUGAGUCGAUCAAGUGCUGGUGGUGCAUCGUGCUGGUUGUACUUGACGCCGAGUGAUGAUGCUUGUUCAGCGCAGAUUAACUGGUUGACGUAUCGCACUGAUAGUGGUAGUUUGGAGUGGACUUAUAGUAAUGGACCUUGUGGAAGGGCUAUCAAUGGGCAGGAGUCAUCGUGA